AUGAGGAUAAAUCCAGGCGUAGCUUGUGAUAUAACACGUGAUAUAGGGAUGAUCGAAAGUCCAGAUGGAAAUUCCAAUUUCUACAUGCGUUGCAUAUCUAUUGGGUUCAGAACAAUGGGCAUGUGGAAACUGGAAUCUUGUUUACCUGGCUAUACCUUUCAAAUCAGCGAAAAACGAUGUGUACCUAAUCAGUUUGCAUCGCAUACAAAUAAUAAAAUUUUCGCAAUUCUCAACAAUAGCUGCGCAAACGGUAAAGAAUGUAUUGGCGGAACGGUUUGCGAUCCGAGCAGUACGCGAUGUUUGUGCCCUCCUGACAUGAUACCUAACCUGAAUACUUUGUCCUGUAUUCCGAUAUCAUUUUCAUCUAAAUCAUUUCAUCAGAAAGACUAUAAUACAUACUCACCAAGUGGACGUGAAAUGAUGAUAACUACCGGAAACAAUAUAUUACCAGAUAUUUUUCGCGUGCGAGUGCCACCGGGAAGUAGUUGUUCAAACAAUGAAAUGUGUGGCGGUGGUUCGUUUUGUAGCCUUCCGAUGAAAUUUUGCCUCUGUCCUGAUGAUAUGCAAGAUUUUGGAGGUCAAUGCCGGAAACCUGAACAAGCUAUAAUUCCAGCAGCGGUCGGUUUGGGUGAUAGCUGUAGCGAUGCAGUACUGCAUUGUCUGAACGGCACAACAUGUAUCGAUGGUCAGUGUAAAUGUCCGAUUUUUCUAAUUCAGGAAGGUAAUCAAUGUGUGGAAAAACAAUCACGAUUCCGAGUUGGUCCCGGUGAAAUGUGUAACGGAAGUCAUGUAUGUUCUCGUGGAUCGAUAUGUCAUCCAACCAUUCCAGUAUGCAUCUGUCCGGAAAAUACUGUUCUUCAAGAAAACUCCUGCUUACCAUUUGCUUCAGUGAUGCAGAGAUUUAUAGCAGUAUCGGAAUUAAACACCGGAUUUGGUGGAGUAGGACAGGUUGCUGUUGGAUUUCCAUGUCGUGCUAAUAUUGAUUGUAUCAAAGGCGCAUUCUGCAAAAUCAAUAACAAUUCAGGCAUUUGCCAAUGCCUCUCAACCUAUGUUCGUAUUAACGAUUUCUGUGAAAAAGCAAUAUAUCCUGGACAAAGUGGUUGUCACUAUGAUAUUCAGUGCUCGAUCAUUUAUGUUGCUGCUAGAUGUUCGGCUGGUCAGUGUAUUUGUCCGGAUGGUUUUAGUGCUGUGGGACAAACAUGCAAACCAGAUAAGCAAACAAUACAGAUACCUCCUGGUGGAAGUUGCAUGAUUGAUAGAGAUUGUGCAGGUGGUUCAAGGUGCCAAGAUGAUUGGUGCAUUUGUCCAGAAGUUUCGAUGAAAGUAAUCAACGGUGAAUGUAAAAAGGUCUACGGAGGUUCACUCCUCACAGAAAUACAGAAUAAUACGCCAGCAAUAAAUACAUUAAUGAGCAAUAUUGAAAUGACAAUUCCGUCGAUAACUUCGUCUCCUUUAGGCAUUGUACCAGCUUUGGCAAAAAUAUCUCCUGAGACGAUUGAAACACUUGUAGUGCCUGCAACUUUCAAACUUCCUAUCAUCCCUUUUACCUCAACGACAGUACCACUGCAAUACGUUGGAGAUAUAUUACUUAUUGAUAGCUUGAAUCAUUGGCAAGCAUUCGCAUCUACUAUUUCAACUAUCAAAAAUUCUACUCUUCUUUCUACAUCAAUAUCGGUUCGUUUUUCAGGUCAGCCGAGAAUCACUGGCCCACCAUUGCGUAAAUCACGUCUUCAGACAACUACCAUAUCAAUCUACAAAUCAAGACCUGGAAAUGGAAUAUGUCCUACUCCGAAUAGUGUUGUUCUUGAUGAAAGUACCAAUUAUUUGAUAGUCUGUAAUGGUGAGAAACCAUUAUGUCCACCAAAUUCCUACUGUUACAUUACUGGAUAUGCUAAUCAGGAAUACAAUUGUUGUUGGUCCUGA